GUUGUGUCGUUCGACAUGGAUAAUGAGGUUUUCCAGAUAAUGAGAACGCCACAUACUUUUGGUGGGGUUCGGAAGGAAAUUUUUUCCAUUGCCAAAUUUGUGCAGCUAAAGGAUAAACUCUGCUUGAUUGAUUAUCAUGACGAGGGAUGCCUUGAUGUGUGGGUGUUGAACGAAAAUGAGAAGUCUUGGACUUACCAAUUCAACAUUGGAUGUUUUCCAAGAAUUGAGAAUAUUGUGAGAUUUGGGGACUUUUGGAGAAUUAUACUUUGUUGGAUGUGCGAAAAAUGGCGAUCUGAUAGUUCGACAUCCAAGAGAAAUUUGUUUGUACACGGAGACCUUGGUUCCAACAUAACGAAAACAAUGAAGGCAAAAAUGCCAGUGAAGUUGUGCUUAACGAGAACAAAAAGAAACAGAGGAAUCUAUGAAUUCAUGUAUGAGACUCAGGUAUCGGUCUUGCUUUUAAAUAGUUUCUUUGUUUACAAUGAAGAAUAUUCCUUUUCAACAAGAUCUGCAUCCGUAUUUAUAUUUAAAUGUACGUGGACACCCUACUUCCGGUCAAGAGAAACAAUGAAUCUUGAGAACCACUGAACAUAUGGGUAACGAGAAGAAAAAGAAACAGCGACCGCAGCAUUGAACAUGAGGAGCCUGAUAGGUGAGUGUUUUGAAUGCUUUCUCUGUUCAUAUUUAUUUGCAUUAGUUUAACUCUGCCUCAAAACAGUGGGUUCUGUAACCUAGUUUAAAGUUCUCUAUUGUAACUACGUUGACAUGUUUGUUUAUGAGCAACAAAAUUGUUUGUUCCAAGUGGAUGUGUACUCUGCAUGAGAUGGAAUGAAUUAAUUUUCU